CACAGAUCGCGUUAGUCCGCCACACUUAACAUCAAAAUGGCCGCCACCAUGUCCGCCCUCCGCGUUGUCGCGCCCGUCGCGCGCGUCUCCGCCUCCAAGGCGCGCGUCGCUCGCUCCGCCGUCGCCGCGAAGCCCGUCAAGGCUCGCUCCGUCGUGGUCCGCGCCUCCUCCGGCGACGUCUCCGAGCGUCUCGAGGAUGCCCUCAAGAUCGCCGAGGAGUGCGUGGGUGAGUGCGCCGCCAUGUGGGACGAGGUCGAGGAGCUCUCCCAGGCCGCCUCCGACAAGAAGCCCGCGCCCGCCGAGCUCGAGCCCGUGCCCAUCUCCGAGGCGGACAUGAACUUCAUCAAGGAGACCCAGGCGGCGCUGAUGAAGGCCAAGGAGGCUGCCAACGUCGACGUCGAGACCCUCCGCGCGCUCGAAUCCGCCUCCCAGUCCGCCAAGAAGGUGACCGUGUCCUCCGAGAGGCUCAAGCAGCUCGAGGCGGCGCUCGAGGCGGCCCUCGAGUCGGCCAGGGCGUGCACCGGCGAAGAUUGCGCGGUGGAGUGGGAGGCCGUGGAGGAGAUCUCCGCCGCCAAGUCCCAGAUCGAGAACAGGGAUUGAGCGCGUUUGUUUCGCGUUCGAACCCGACGCCGAACCCACGCGCCGACACCCCGGCGCCGAGUCAACACCAGAGUUGUGCACAUAGCAACAGACAUUCUUGUAAGCAGCAUCAAGUUACACGUAUUACUC